ACUCCACGGUGCCAUCUCGUCACAUGUAUGCCAGUGGUCGCUGUCCACGCUCCUUCUUGCAAGGUGUGCUUUUGCCCCAGACUUGCUUGGGUCGGCAGUUUCAGACUCCUCAGCGGCCAUUUCCACAGGGACGGAAGCAAAAUUUCGAGGAUGGGCGACGAGAAUAAUUUCCAGCUGAAAUGCUCGAUCACUAGUUCGUAUAGACUGCAGUAGACUGAGCAGAAUGCUGUACAUCAUUGGAUUGGGGUUGAGCGAUGAGAAGGACAUCACAGUCAAAGGCUUGGAAGCUGUCAAACGAUGCGAGAGGGUGUAUCUUGAAUCUUACACAUCAAUAUUGAUGAUCCCGAAAGAGAAGCUGGAAGCUUUCUAUGGCCGAGAGGUUAUUACUGCGACUCGGGAGACUGUCGAGCUAGAGUCGGACGAUAUACUCCGGGACGCAGAUAAAGUGGACGUUGCAUUUUUGGUCGUGGGCGAUCCUCUUGGCGCAACGACUCACUCUGAUCUCAUUUUACGAGCAUCCGACCUCAAUAUCCCUACCACUGUCAUUCACAAUGCCUCUAUCCUCACUGCUCUCGGAGCGACGGGAUUGCAAAUGUACAAUUUCGGCCAAACCAUCUCCUUACCAUUCUAUACCGAGACUUGGACACCGGAAAGCUGGUACGAUCGCUUAGAGGAGAAUCUGCAAGUGGGAAUGCACACGCUGGUAUUGGUCGAUAUCAAAGUAAGGGAACAGAGUGAGGAGAAUAUGGCGAGAGGAAGACUGAUAUACGAGCCACCCCGAUUCAUGUCACCUCACACCGCUUUCAAGCAGAUUCUUCUCACUGAAACUUCGCGGAAUCCACCCACUGGCACGACCUCAUCCUCGGAGGUCACCGAGGACGAAACGUCCACAGCUCCUCGUUCAACCACCCUCCUGCCUCCUGAUCAAACUCUCGCCCUAUCGCUAUCACGUAUAGGAACCUCGACACAGCGUAUUAUAGCUGGAACAUUGUCCGAGCUUGCUGCUUUGCCCGAAGAGGAAUUCGGACCGCCUCUACACAGUGUGGUCAUCGUUGGGAAACGCCUGCACCCGCUGGAGUUGGAAUUUGCAGGGCGAUGGUGCGUCGGGGGAGAGAAUGGCGCAUGGUGGAAAGUUGGAAAGGACGUAUAUGGAGUGGAGAAAGAGAGCAGAUGAGGACGGUCAGGUUGAGCAAGAGCUUGUACUUUGGACCCAUGCCGCUGCGUGGAGCCUUGAAACACUUGAGGUGUGCCAGUAUCGGCAUAUACAGACAUGUAUGCUGCAGGCGGGAUA